AUGACGAGUAGAUGUCAGCGAGGAGUAGCAUCCAAACCGAGGAGACCCCCCGACCUGGAGUGCAUUUCUCCUCCAUCCGACAAGCCAUGCCGCCUUGAAAACUCUUCCAGAGAGCCGGAGACAUCCGAGGAGAGCUUUAUAGCGAUACUGUUCUCGCUAGCGGACUUGACAAGGAGCCCAGCCCAGCAUUUUGAACCAAAGAAUCAAGAGAGCUUAGCUCGAGAGCUAGCUCUUCCCUUCUGGUGCACAGUGUCCGGAGACUUUCCCCACAGCUUGAUGAAGGACAGAAGAGAGUCUGUCUGUGUAUAG